AUGUCGUCAGAGAGUUAUCUACCAACAAUUCCUAUCCCGGAGGAUAGCCCGAUAUUGGCCAUCCCAACAUCAGAGUCAACGGCUGCUGAGGAAAAUAGGGUACUGCGUCUCCGCAUGUUGGAAAUAUGGGACGCCUGGUCAAACGGUAGAGAGCCGCCGAGUGCAAUACCUGGCUUCUCCGAGCUACUUCCCAGGGCAAGUGGAACUUCCAACAUCCCAAUAAAUUACCCAAACACCCCACUCGGAUAUCCUACCAUCUCAGCCCACUUUACCGGAACGCCUUCUGAGUUUCUAUACAACAUAGACAUAGCUCCAGACAGAAAUUCCCUGUCAAACCUCAAAAAGAAGUCCUCGGAGAAUUUUCGAGAAUAUGAUGUUAAGUGGAACGAACAAGCAGCCAGGGUGAAGCUCCCGAUGGAUGAGACCGAGAUGAAUAUGAUGUCUGCAGUGGGAAAGUCAUUUGCUGAGGCUAUCAAGAUUGGGGAGAUGGUCGAGAAUGGUCUGAAAACAGGUCGUAUAUUGAGCCAAUCUACUAUAAGAGCUACGUCCCAAGAAAUCCAAAGCGGGUCAGGAGGUGUAGCAAACAGAAAGAAGAAAGAAGAAGUGGCGAUGGCGGCUUCAAGUCUGAGAAACCCCCGUCAACCCAGAAGUUACUUCCCUCCAAACACCCCGCAACAUUAUUAUCCUCCCCAGGAUGUGGCUUAUGCUAUGGCUCCUCAGCCUUACGCGGUGAUGAAUGCCCAGCCCUACACUCGGCCACAACAACAGUUUAACCAAAAUCUAGCUCCACUUCCUAUAAAUAACCCUCCUCACCAAGCUCCAUAUAAUCCCCGACCCCUACAAAAUAAUUUCCCAUACAAUGCCCGUGCCAAGGAGCCACCCAGAAGAAACAACUUCACGCCUAUUGAGCAAAAACGGAUAUUGUUGAAAGAUGAAGAGAUCCCUAAUGUGACCAAUAACCCAUUGUCGGCUCACAAUAACGGGCCAGUUAUUGGGAUGAUUUGCGAAGAUAAGGAGUUUGACCCCGCCCUGAAAGCCAUCAUUGCCAUCGCUGUUGUGGAAAAGAAGCCAAGGGCGGCUGCAAAGCAAGACAAGGGGGAGAAGAAGAGUAAAUCCACCCCUCAAAGUGCAGAAAAGACAGUGGAAACCAAAACAGGGGCAGUACCCCCUAAAGAUGCCAUUCUUUAUGUUUCCCGGGCUCACAGGAAAGAACAAUUGACAUUGAGUCCUCCAAAAAGGUUCGAGUGGAACAAGGGACCUAAGAUGUAUGUACCCAAAGGGACUUAUGUGGCACGGGGGCCGGUAAUUUCACCAAGGCUAAAUGAGCCCGUGGUUAUCGCCCGCGCACCACAGAAGCCCACGAAGGACCCCACUGCCAUCCCAUGGAAUUACAACAAAGUGGUAGUGACAUACAAGGGAAAAGAGGUCAUAGGGGAAGCAAAUGAAACUAACCCAACCGAGAAAUACCUCAACUUGGAGGAUUUCAACAAAGCCAAAAAGAAGCGUGUCCCGCUCAAGAAGCCCGUCAGUGCUGAAGAGGCCGAGGAAUUCUUCCGAAAAAUGAAAACUGCGGACUACGAUGUAAUUGACCAACUCCGAAAGUCUCCCUCUCAGGUCUCGCUCUUGUCUCUAUUGGUAAGCUCGACUAAGCAUCAGAAAGUGUUGAUAAAGACCCUCAAUGAAGCUUAUGUUCCAAUUAAAACCACUUUUGAACAACUAGAAAGGAUGGUGGACGAAGUCAACCAGAUUUCUUUUAGCAAGAAUGAUUUUCCCCUGGAAGGGGCUGCCCACAACAAAGACCUUCAUUUGACAGUUAAGUGUGAAGGUUACUAUGUGAAAAGAGUCAUGCUGGAUGGCGGAUCUGGGGUUGACAUCUGCCCUCUCUCAACUUUGCAAAGAAUGGAGAUUGGGAUUGAGAGAAUCAGGCCUGACAAUGUUUGUGUGCGUGCCUUUGAUGGCAUCAAGAGAGACACAAUAGGAGAGAUCGUUUUGAUUUUGAAUAUCGGUCCUGUAGAUUUCGAGGUGAGAUUUCAGGUCCUGGACAUAGACAAUUCUUAUAAUUUUCUCUUAGGAAGGCCGUUGAUCCAUGCGGCAGGGGCCAUACCUUCUACUCUCCACCAAAUGCUGAAAUUUGAGCACGAUGAUCAGGAGAUCAUGGUCCAUGGAGAGGACGAGCAAUCAAUUUAUAGGGACUCGUCAGUCCCAUGUCUCAAAGCUAGGGAAGGUAGCGAGCACAUAGUCUAUCAGGCUUUUGAAAUGAUUAGGCAUAGUUAUAAGCCUGGGAAGGUGCUCGGGGAAUCGUUGCAAGGUAUCAAAGAACCUAUCACUCUGGCUGCCAGCGAGAAGUCCUUCGGUGUGGGUUUUCACGCCACAACAGCUGAUGUGACAUGGGCAAACUGUAAGGCCCCGGAAAAUUUUGCUAGGCGAUAUAGGAUUUCGGGGUGCCAGGUAGACUAA